UGCUGCUGUUGCUGCUUUGACUUGUCGCGUGCAGGUUGUCAAGUUCGCUUCACACACGAAAAAAAGUUAUCAAGUUGUCAUCGAGCUGAUCUGUGCUUGUUAGAAGCUGGCGAUCAAGUCUCGCGCAAAGCACUCCGUUUCCUCAGUCUCAGUCUCUGGCCCGCCGCCUUCCGCUCGUGCUCCUGCUCCUGCUCGUGCUCCUGCUCCUGCUCCUCCUGCUCCUCCUGCUUCCUCACUCCUCCUGCUUGCUCGAGCAACCAUCCAUCGCAUCGACACAAUCAACAUGGUGCAAGAGGCAAACCACCCGCCGCUCGUCCGCGCAGGCGCAGCGCUCUUCUACGCCACCACGUCGCUCGCCAUCAUUUUUGUCAACAAGAUUGUGCUGACAACGUACGGGUUUCCAUCGUUUAGCUUCCUGGCGCUUGGGCAAUACAUUAGCACGGUCGUCUCGAUUGGCAUUGCCAAGCAGCUCGGCUACGUCUCCUUCCCGUCAUUCUCGUUCGCCGUCGUGCGGCAAACACAUCCGCUUCCGCUCGUCUUCUUGGUCAACACGGUCACUGGCCUGGGUGGCACAAAGAUGAUCAAUCUCGCCAUGUUCACCGUGCUCCGUCGCUUUACCAUCUUCUUGGCCAUGAUUGCCGAGUACUACGUCCUGGGCAAGCAGUCCACCUCGAUGGUCAAGAUGAGCGUCUUUUUGCUCAUCUUUGGCGCCUUGGUUGCCGCCGGCAACGACUUGGUCUUUGACGCGCUCGGAUACACGCUCAUCAUGGUCAACAAUCUGUGCUCGGCACUCAACUGCGUCUUUAUCAAGCAAAAGCUCGACUCCAAGUCGCUCGGCACCUUCGGCCUGCUGUACUACAACAACCUGAUCUCGCUCCCCAUCCUCAUCGCCACCCUGUACUUUGUCGACGGCCACCAGAUUGGCCCCGUCCUCAACUUCCCUGGCUGGCGCGACCCCACCUUUGUCCUGCUCUUCCUGCUCGCGUCGCUCAUGGGCUGCAUCCUCAACGUCUCCAUUGUCGUCUGCACCAAGAUCAACUCGGCCCUGACGACCAUCAUCACCGGCUGCCUCAAGAACAUUGUCACCACCUACGUCGGCAUGUUCCUCGGCGGCGACUAUGUCUUCUCCAUGGCCAACUUUGUCGGCUUGAACAUUAGCAUCUCGGGCUCGCUGCUCUACUCGUACCUCGAGUACCAAACCGCCACGUCCAAGCCCUCCAUCGUCCAAUCGCCCCCGCCGCUCCCCGUGAGCAUCAAGGCCUCAGAGUUCCCGCACGACAACAGCAGCAGCAGCAGCAGCAGCAGCACGCUUCAUCAUGUGCCUCAUGCGCACGCCCACGAGGGUGGUCAGCAUGCAAACAAUUGGGUGACUGCCUCCAAGUAGUCCGCUUUCUUCUGCUUUGUUGUUGUUGUUGUUGUUGUUGUUGUUGUUGUUGUUGUUGUUGUUGUUGUGGUUGUUGUCCCUCGUUGUAUCCAAAAAAAGUCGUUGGUUGUCGCAUUGGAUUGAGUUUGUUUUUGCUUGUCACACUUAAUGGAACACAGUAUUAAGCCCC